GGGAAAACUGCCCACUGGAUGGCGCUGUUGCUCGGGAUGAAGUAUUCUUACAGCUUCAUGUCAGCGUCUCAAAGCACAGUAAUGGCCGAUGAGUCUGGAUUGUCUGGUGCUACGCUGGGCAUAGCAAUAGCUGCAAUAUCAAGCUUUAUUAAUGGCUCUACUUUUGUGCUGCAGAAAAAGGGAAUACUGCGUUCUCGUAACAAAGGAUGUUCAUACCUGAUAGAUGGGGUGUGGUGCAGUGGUACGCUGUGCAUGAUCAUUGGUCAAGUCGGAAAUUUUCUGGCGUAUAACCUGGCCCCUGCUGUGAUAGUUACACCUUUAGGGGCCCUUGGAGUACUAUUUGGGGCCGUGCUGGCUUCCUGGAUCCUGGAGGAGCACUUAAACAUCCUGGGAAAGCUCGGCUGUAUAAUCUGUUGCUGCGGCUCUGUCGUACUGAUCAUUCAUGCCCCUAAAGCAGUGGAAACAUCGAGAGAGGAGCUCGAAGAGAGGCUGUUAGAUCCAGUGUUUGUAACUUAUAUCCUGCUCGUUGUCCUGCUGUUGAUCACUCUAAUCGUGUGGGUCGCUCCAGCUCACGGCACAUCCAACAUCAUGGUGUACGUCGCCAUAUGUUCGCUCCUGGGAAGCUUCACCGUUCCGAGCAGCAAAGGACUGGGCCUGGUGGCCCAUGAUGUGUUUGGUGAAGGACCACCAAACAGCAGAGCCCUGGCUCUCUUCCUUGUCCUGCUGGGGGUGCUAGCUGUCAGCAUCCUGAUUCAGUUCUUCUUCAUCAAUAAGGCCUUGGAGUGCUUCAGCUCUAACAUAUUCGAAGCUAUAUACUACGUGACGUUCACGUCCACUGUGAUUUUUGCUUCUGCCCUUCUGUUCAAGGAGUGGACGGAGCUUACAGUUACCGACAGCCUUGCCAUGCUCUGCGGUUUAGUAACAGUGUGUGUAGGAGUGAUCUUACUUCGAAUUUCCCAGGAAACUGUGAUUACCUGGAAGGAGAAAGAAGGGCAGAAAAAGACAGACUGAUUGUGCCACACUGCAUUUUUUUCUAGCAUACAGAUUCAAGUGUCUUCAAGUGACCAAACCUACAAAAUGCUAUCUUUGACCACAUAAAUGUGAGGAUGAAAGCAGUGAUUACAAGCAGUGAUUUUGACACUACAACCACAGACUUAAAUGUAUUUUAUAACAUAAACUAAUGUAAAGUACUGCCAAAUGAUGAAGUGGAAGACUCGAUGAAGCAGGCCCCACAUCAUGAUGCUGCCACUGCCGUGUUUUACCAUGGGGAUGGUGUGUUUAAGGUGAUGUGUAAUGUUAGUUUUACUGCCCACCUAGCCUUUUCUUAUGUUGGCCAAAACAUUCAGUAUUUGUGUCAUCUGCACCUGGGACCACAGGUUUGCCACGUCGACUACAGGGCUUGAGGCAAACCUUAAAUGGGACCUCUCAACAAUGGCUUUCUUCUUCCCAUUCCUCCAUAAAGGGUGGAUUUAUUUAUACAAAUCAAAAAAUGCCCAGUUGGUAUGAACAUUCAAGAUACUGUCGCUCUUUAUGUUCAGUCUCAAUAUCAGCCAGGUAGUCUUAAUGUUAUGGCUGAUUUAUAUGUUUUUCAGUAGUUUAACAAAAGCUGGAAUUCAGUUUGAUUACUUAAUUCCAGAAUUAGGUAGUUGUACUGUAUAAUGACCCCUAAUUUUAAUGUAAUAAUAUGCAGCAUUAUUUUCACUGCUAUUCUAACUUUACCUGUCAGUUCACUCCAAGUUGGUCGCUAUGCUGCCACCAUUAGACUGUAAGCAGUGGUAGUAAAGUGGGUCCUAAACCAAUAAUUCUGUUUGGUUCCUCUACCGAGUUUCCCCACAGGGCACUCAAAGGGGCCGUACAUAAGUUACCUAGUCUUGGACUUGGACUGUGCCUUUCAACUGGGUCAAUUCACCUCAUGAUUCUUGAGAACCGGUGUUGCAUGAAAGAUAAGCAGCAACUGUCUUUUCAGUCAGAUGAAGGGAUUUGUCAAACUGAUUGUUUACUCCCUAGUUGUUUAUUAACAUGAUUAAUGUUGGAGCAGGUCAUAAAUGGUUAGUUAUUAACAUGCUUUAUUUAAUUUUAGUACAAUGCCAGGUAUGAUUAUUCUUACUAACCUUUUAUUGAUUUUAAAUGUAAUAAAUUAAUUGAAAAGCU